AUGGAGUCCCAAGAUACGCCCAAUUUAGACCCUGCGCUGCAAAGCGAACAUCAGCACCAGCAUACGCAUCACCACCACACAGCUUUUGCGCAACAGGGUCAUGAAGAGGAGGUGGUUUAUUGCAAUGAGCUGUCUUUUGAGAAAGACGUUGUACCCGAUCCAAGCCCAUUGAACAAAGGGAACAGUCCCAACGAGAAGGAUGCCGAGGCAGCAGACUCGCAGCCAGCGCCAAGGCCAUGGCACCGUCGCAUAACAAGGAACUGGAGACAUAUUGCGCACGCUGUUGUUUGGUUUCUAUUUACCGGACUUAUGCGCUUUGCUAGCUGGUGGAUCGCUAGCUUGGUUCUACAUCGACAUGACAAGAAUUGGAUCAUUCCAUUCCUCCUCUACCUCGCCAUCACACUACGUAUAAUCUUCUUCUAUGUCCCGAUUUCCAUCAUCACAAGACCGUUGUUCUUUGUGUGGACAUAUACCGCUCGUCCCGUUGUCAACUUCAUCCCGGAAAAGCUACGACUACCUGCGAGCGCUCUCGUGUGCAUCGGAACUAUCCUGAUCGGCGCAUUUGCUUCUCCUACCACCCAAGGAAAUAAUCGUGCAGACCGUGCAGUGAGCCUUUUUGGUCUGGCAGUCUUCAUCUUCCUUCUAUGGCUCACAUCGCGAAACCGGAAGCAGAUUGUAUGGCACACCGUCAUCGUGGGAAUGCUCGUGCAAUUCCUAGUUGCACUAUUCGUACUUCGCAGUGGUGCAGGAUACGACAUUUUCAAUUUCGUUGCUACCCUCGCCCGUGAUCUCUUAGGUUUUGCAUCCGAUGGUGUGGUUUUCUUAACUGCCCAAGACUUCUAUGACAUGACCAGUCCCAUCGACCCAAGUGCCUGGUUCCUUGUCAGCACUAUUCCUGCCAUUAUCUUCUUCGUCUCAGUCGUACAGCUCUUCUACUAUAUCGGUGUUUUACAAUGGUUCGUCGGAAAGUUCGCCGUGUUCUUCUUCUGGAGUAUGCGCGUCUCUGGAGCCGAGGCAGUCGUCGCGGCUGCUUCGCCUUUCAUCGGACAAGGUGAAUCGGCGAUGUUAGUCCGCCCAUUCGUGGCACAUAUGACUCUUGCCGAAAUGCAUCAGGUCAUGACAUCCGGCUUUGCAACUAUCGCUGGUAGUGUUCUUAUCGCAUAUAUCGCUAUGGGUGUGAGUUCCCAGGCCCUGGUCUCUUCGUGCGUUAUGAGUAUUCCUGCUUCACUGGCUUGUUCGAAGCUUCGAUGGCCUGAAGAGGAAGAAACUUUGACGGCAGGUCGGGUCGUUAUCCCUGAUAAUGAGGAGCAUAAAGCGUCGAAUGCCCUUCACGCUUUCUCUACUGGUGCUUGGCUUGGUCUCAAGAUUGCGGCUAUGAUGGGUGCCACGCUUCUCUGUAUCAUUUCCCUGAUUGGUCUUGCUAACGGUCUGCUUACUUGGUGGGGCCGUUAUAUCAAUAUCGAUGAUCCUCCAUUGACUCUGCAGCUUGUUCUGGGCUAUAUCUGCUACCCUGUUGCAUUCUUGCUUGGUGUAUCCCGGGACAACGAUGAUCUGCUCAAGGUUGGCCAGCUGAUUGGGCUCAAAAUUAUCUCGAACGAAUUUGUUGCAUAUAACGACCUCCAAACUGAUGCUACUUACGCUUCCCUCUCGGAUCGCUCUCGCCUGAUUGUUACAUAUGCGCUGUGUGGAUUCGCCAACAUUGGCUCCCUGGGUAACCAGAUUGGUGUCCUCUCGCAGAUCUCACCCGGUCGUAGUGCCGAUGUCUCGCGUGUGGCGUUUAGUGCUAUGAUCACCGGUGCGCUGAGUACCUUUACCAGCGCGGCGAUUGCGGGCAUGCUCAUCACCGAUGAGAAAUCGUAUAUUAGCACUUCUUGA